AUGACGAAAGUGGAGCUCCUGCAUGGAAAUUUUGGUGUGGCUGCUAUCCAGAAUGGUUUCCUUGCUAAAUAUUGCAGUGAAAGGACACAGAUAGCUUAUGUGAGGAUGCGCCACGGUCCUCACAAACUAGUGACAAGUGCAGUGCCCUUGGUAACGCAACUGGAAGGUGCGAAUGUGUCCCUGAAGACUAUUUACACUGGUGGCUCCGUAAUGCAGUGCAACAAGUUUCUCAGGGACUUUCACAUUAAGCAGCUGGAAGGCGCUCUUCCUCUGGUUAAAGAUGAAGAGCAGCGCAUGAAAGUGCAGGAAGCUUUUCUAAGCUUUUGA